AAAGUCAAAACAAAUUCAAACUAAAUGCAGCCCCAAAAUGUUCACUCCGUGCUCGCAGUUGGAGAAAAUUUCGACUACGCACUUUUUCGGGUUGCAAUUGCUUUCGCCGAGAACGGCGUCCAAGUGUGGUUCAUUUCCCCGAAAGCGUUCGACAAGGCCCCAAAAGAACUGAAAACCCCCGAUAAAGAAAUCCUCCAACUUAUAACUUUCAUGUACUUAAAGGAUCACAACGAUUUAGUCACACAGUUGAAUGGAAUUCAUCUCUGGCGCAAAAUUCCAAGUGUUAUUAUAUUGAGCGGAUAUGAACACUAUUGCGACUUCAGUAGUGUUAAUUAUAAGCCGUUACAGGCGGCUUUAAUCACUACAAGCCUGCUGGAUAGUGUGGGAGUAUGUGCAGCUAAAAAAGAAACCUGUAAUAUCUCAGCUGUCACUCGAACAAUCAGGCGCCGUUUCUAGCUUUCGCCACCUCCUCGAUGAUAUGUGAUCCUGGUCCGAAGCCGAACAUCGAGAUUCGCCGGCUUGGUACUUUAACGAAUUCAGGAGUCGGAAAAAUUAAGCGCUGUGCGUGCCAACGUGGAUUUUCGUUCGCCUAAUAGGAUCAUAGAAGGUCGAGGAGGUUUUGAAAAUUUUGAUGCUCUGGAUUUGACAUUUCGUUACAGAAACCUGUAAUACCUCAGCUGUCACUCGAACAAUCAGGCGCCGUUUUUAAGUUUUUAGCUUUGGCCACCUCUUCGAGGAUAUGUGAUCCUGGUCCGAAGCCGAAUAUCGAGAUUCGCCGGCUUGGUAUAUAUUUAACGAUCUAGACUGUGGUUAUGAAUAAAAAAUUGGUCUAAAGAGUUUAGACAGUACUUCCCUCGCUGUCGGAAACUUGA